AUGUUUGCCUCGGCUACAGCUAUCAAUCCCCGGCUUCAAUUAAGUAAAUCUAGCCGAUUAGGUGUUGGUGAGAGACUUGGUGAUUUGACUGCGGAAGCAUUCAGAGCCUAUGGAGCUUUCGUUGGAAGGAAUCCAGGAAAGGUUGAAAAGAAAAUUUCUAAAAAAUAUCACUUUCAAUUUGAGGUUCUCAUUGCGAUGCUCCUUUUUACAAUUUUAACAGUUCCAGGAAUUGUUUACCUGCAAAUUAAUUUAGAUCUUUACAAAUUAUUCGUUCCUUUGGAUGCUCCAGUCCGAUUUGAAUUUGAAAGUCAAAAAGCUUAUGACCAAAUUCCAGGGGGGCAAUUAGAUGUUGAUCCCCCUCCAUCUUUAAUUGCCACACCUCAUUCAACACAAAUUUCUACCCAACAAACGGCCAAUGAAUUAAAAGAUAUUCCGAGAAGAUUUGCACGUGCAGUUAAAGUUAAAGAUCCUUCUGGUCCUCAACAUCACGAUAUUCUACGUUUUUAUGUUGUCCAUAAAAGAUAUGAAAAUUUAUUAGUUAGUGAUACUUUGGCUAAAUUAUUUGAAUAUACACAGGAAAUGAUGAAUGUUAAAAUGGAAUGGGGUGGAGAAGAAUGGAUAUUGGAAGAUUUUUGUCGAAAAAAUCCUGGCCAAGAGCAUUGCAAUAAUGAAACUAAUGGAACUAGAAAUAAUCCAAAUCUUCAAUUAUCUUAUCCCGUCAUGUAUUUAUUUAAUCGACCAAAGGAUAUUGGAAAUAUUAUUUAUGGGGUAAAUGUUACUGGAAUAAAACACGAAAUUGUUGGGGCAAGAGUUUUAACAAUUCAUUGGUUUAUAACAUUUCCAAAUUCUGGCGAUAAUUUAGCUGCUUAUUAUCGUUAUAGAGACAAUUUAAAUGGAUUUUGGGAUACAAAAACUGAAGAAUCAGACAUUAAAUUUAUUCCACACAAGUUUGUUUUUUUAAAAAUAAAUAAUUUGGGCCCUCAUCUAACCCUCAAUUCUGAUUUUUAA